AGACCACAUUCCCUAUGCGUCAGAUCGUAUGGGGCGUUUUUCUUUCCUCCGCAGUCACUGGUCAGUGUUUUGUGCUCUUUGCAUUAUCGGCCUUCUGAACAAUUUUCCUUGGAGUUACUCAACGAUUCCGAGGGAUGAAAUCGGCGAAAAUUUGCGAAGCGCGCACCCGGGAUUGGCGGACUACUCGCGUUUCUGUGAUGUUAAAUCGUUGCCCGGAGUGAAAAUUGUGAAAGUGAAUGAAACUGUGCCGCACGAGCAAGAAUUGUCAGAUUUGGCUGAAAAGCUUGACGUUCGAGCCGGUGGGCAAUGGAAUCCAAGCAGUUGCAGGUCAUUGUACCAAUCGGUGAUCGUUGUGCCAUACAGACGGAGACCAGAUCAGCUGAAGAUCUUCGUCAAACACAUGCACAAUUUCUUGUCCCAACAAGGCCUCGAGUAUUCAAUAGUCAUUGUGAAUCAAGCCGACGAAGAAUUGUUCAACAGAGGGGCUUUACUUAAUGUCGGAUUCUUGGAGACAGAGAAAAUACUUGGUUCGGAUAAAAAGAAUCCGAGCAGAUGCUACGUGUUUCACGACGUGGACCUGCUUCCCGAGAACCUGGGUAACAUUUAUGCCUGCACCCGGCAACCCCGUCACAUGUCAGUGGCAGUCAGCAGCCUUCGUUACACGCUUCCGUAUCCCGACAUCGUCGGCGGGGCUCUUGCUGUAGCCGUGGACCAGUUCCGUGUCGUGAACGGAUUUCCGGUGUCAUACGCGGGCUGGGGCGGCGAAGACGACGACUUGGGACGACGGUUCAAGGCGGCGGGAUUGAGUGUCGAGAGGUUUGAGGCGGACGUGUCGCGUUAUCGGAUGCUGGUGCACAAGAAGGCGGUACCCGGGGAAGCGAGGUUUAAGCAAGCCUCUUUGAGCGAGGGAUUGAGUAGCUUGAAAUAUUCCGUGCUUUCGGUACAGAAGACAGCUUUGUAUACCCAAAUAAAUGUUGAUUUGUCUUCGUCUUGAGAGACGAGACGCAUGAGGAGGAAAAAAAAGGGAGCGAGAACGAACUUUUUUCGAUAUCGCUUUUUUAGAAUUUGCUUUUUUAGAAAUACUGUGCCACAUUCACUCGUGUUGCUGAAAUAUCAGGAGAAAAUGCUAAACUUUUGCGUGUAUUUUAAAAGUCCCGGAAAAUGAACGCCUUGCGUAAUUGAACGUUUGCACUAUAAACUUCUCAAUGUACUGUAGUGAAUGGCAAAUGGAAACGAGACAUAUUUUUGAAUGUCACGUUUUUAUCGUGGUUAAUCACAUUUUUUCUUUGGAAAGUCAAACUUGGAGCACUCUUCUCGUGAGCAAAUAAAAUGUUGACGCGCUAUCAUCAUUAUAAUACAGUACGUUUCUUGAAGACGAAGAUAUCUUUGAAAAUGUGAUCAAAGAGAAAAAUAAGCCCUUGAGAAAAAAUUGAUGCAACUGAUAAAACAAAACUUGCUUCAUAUUUUUGGACUUUGAGGAACUGAUCUCAGAAAAACGGCAUUUUUUUUGUGCUCAUAUUGGUAGCGGUUAUUUCAACGGUUACCGCAUUUUGAUAUGAGUGAUCGCGAAAAAGAAGUAAAUUAUGGCAUUGCCAUUUUUUCGGGUUCUCGCGUUAUCAGCAUUUGGAAUGUGUAUGUAUACUUUUCUCAGGUGAUGUCAAACGUUGUGGAUUCGAGAUGGAAAUGUACUCUGGGGCUUUUUCACUCAUGCGUAACGUUUUAAAAUACAAUAUCCUAUGGUGACGGGAUUUUUGCUGCACAUUUUUAAAAAAUGUUUUAGUGUGAAAGUUGAAUGAAAAUCAUGUGCGUAUAAGGUUUUCUCUUGGAAUUCAAAGCAACCUUAAACUUGAGCCGAACAUUUUUAUCUUCAACAGAGAAUUUCCGAUUUUGAAUGAUCUUUCUCAAGCCGCUUUUGAACUGUAAUCCGUCCAUCUCAGAUUUAUUUUUGAAUGCGUACAAUGUCUCGCAUUGCGGGUUAUGUUGAUGUGAAGCCGUCAAGAUUGGUUUUGUUGUUUUGGGACAAUUAUCCGGAAUCCAGUACAUGAACUUUCUUUGUCCCAAAACGAGAUGCUCAGUGAUUUCGUUGUUGUUCCUGUUUGAAAAAUUCCCUGUGUAAGCUCAAUGACCUGGAAAAACGUGUUAAUGCGCAGAAUUUUUCAAGAAACCAGCCUUUGUUUUGAAUUAAUAUCACGCUGCAUAGACAUUCUGCGAAAAAGAUAUGUUUUGAAAUUUGAAAGAACUAGACGAAUUUUCAUCGUUAUCAUUUUUGCUACAGAAUUGUAUACUUCAGGUACAGUAUAUGUGCACUUGGUUCUCCAUGACUUUGGUGGGCAACAUGAUGCGAACCAGUAUUCGGCCGCGCAGUAUAAAUUACAGAUUUCAGAGCAUCCAAUCGGUUGCAACAAUUCCCGGAGAACCGAGAGCCCCCAAAAUCGUGACAGCUGAUGUCCCCGGACCCAAGUCCCAAGCUUUGCUGAAAGAACUCGACAAAGUGCAGG